AUGGAAAGUCCAUAUGGUGUUGAUUCGCAGUUUACUAAUGACUUCUUAAUUCGUCGAUCACAAAUAGCGCCCGAAGACAACUAUAUAGCUUAUGUUAACGUCAAACGACAACAACAACAACAACGACGACCACUACAACAACCACAACGGAGACGACAACAACAACAACGACGACGACCACUACAACAACCACAACGGAGACGACAACAACAACGACGACGACAACGACCACAACAACAACAACAACAACGACAACAACAACAACGACCACAACGACCACAACGACAACAACAACUACGACAACAACAACAACGACAACAACAACGACGACAACAACAACCACUACCGGUAAGUGAUAGGCUGAAUAGUUAA